AUGAGUAAUGCAUAAUUUGCAUAAAAAUUAUUGAGAUAUGAAGGAAGACUAUAUUCCUAGAAUUUGGAAAUGCAAAUAUAAACCUUGCAAGAAGUAAAGUAGGAAUUCAAUGGAUAAUAUAAUCAUCAAAGUCUUAUGAAUAUGUUAGCUAAAUACUUUUCAUAUACAAGUAGUUUAGUUCAAAGAAUCAAGAUUAUUGAAAUUAUAUAACAAAAAUUCCCUAUUCUUGUAAAUCAAGUUGAGGAUUGGAAAUAAAUUGUUGAAUAUCUUUAAUAAGAGUGUUUUAGUAGCAAUCAUUAAGUAAAAUAUGAUUUGAUUUUUAAGUUUAGAAUGUUAUCUCUCCAUGCCUUAAAUUCCAUAGUCCCAGUCCUGAAAGAAUAAUAUAGCACUUUUCAUAUAGGAAUUUUUGAUAUUUUUAUCAAUGCCAGCUAUUAGAAAGAACUAUAUAUUGCUAGUCUCACAUUACUAAAUACAGUCAGACUCCAUCAUUCCUACUCAUUUAUGAAUAAAAUAGCUUAACUUCCUGAAAUAAAGAUAUUCAAAACCAAAAAGCUCACAAUACUUCUCAAAUGUACAUUAAUGGCCAGGGCUUAAUUUUGUUUAUUUGAAUAACCAAUCAGCGAAUUGUUAGCAAUUGUAAGACAACAGAUAAUUUCAGUACCUAUGUCAAAAGAAGUGUUACAUCUCUUAUACAAUUAUCUUAAAAUUGCUUCGCAUUUCAAAGACUAAGAAUCCUUCAUUCUUAAAAUUUUAACAUCAGAAGAAACCAUAAACUGUAUUGGAUAAUGUUCUGAAAAGAUUCAAGAACUUUUUAGGCUAAGUUACAAACACUAUAAAUUAGAAUUUAAAACAGUGUAUAUAAUUUAUGGAGAUCAAUACUCAAAAAAAAAUAUAAUAGAAUCUAUAUUGUAAUAUGAUAACUUAUACAAUUACACUCAAAUUUUAUCUACAGAAGACUUAAUCUCCUUUCAGGACUUGCUUUUUUAUUCCUAUGACUUUGCUUGUAAUGAAAUUGUCAAAACAGUAAGUGUUUAAACUGAAUAAAAAUUAAUUCAGGUCUUGAUCAAAUUAGACCAUCUGAUAGGAUAAUUAUUCGAAAAAUAGAUUAACUUAAGCAAAAAACCUUUUUCCUCAUCUCAGAAAUGUUUGAACAAAUUAUUAUUGCUUUCUGUUUAAUUACUAUCUGCUUAAAUUACGUUCACUGAAUUCAAAGGAACCAACAGUUUAACUUUUAUUUUAAGUUUACUUAUAAAAAAUUAAAAUACCUAUCUGAUGUUAUAAUCAAUUAAGCUCUUACUUUCAAUUAAUUAAGUUGAAUAAGCAACCUAUUUGGCCUCUUAAAUAAACAGCUAAAGUCCUUACACUUAAGUAUUUUUGAGUUAUCUAAAAUCCUUAUAAAACUCUGAAGAAUUUACAUAUUGGAAUGAUUUCUAAAUUAAUUCAACCUAGCAUUUGAUUAGACAGGAAAUUUAUGAUUAUUAUCAAGAAUUUGAUAAAUGUUUACAAGAAAUAUAAGAAAUUGAAAUAGACUAAGCAAUGGCUAUGGAAUUAUUUUAAAAAAUUACCUAUCUGCUAAACAAAACCACAAUUUUAAGUGCGAAAAUUGAGUUCUUUUCGAAUAGAGCCUAUGCAGAAGAUGCUACCUUCUUUUAGUUCAUUAUUUUAGAUAAGAUAAAUCUCUGUUUGUAAAGGAAUUAUCUAGACUUAGAAAUAGAGUCUUUAAAUUACGAGAAUUCUAAUCUUAUAAUUCAGAAACUAAUUGAAUAUAACAAAAGUUUUUUUAUUAAAAAAUUCUUACCUAAUUUAAGAAAAGACAAAUUAAAAGAGUUUAUCAAACAAAUGAGAAAUUCUAUUUACAAUUAUCCAAAGAUUCUACUAUAAUUAAUCUAAACACCAAACUUAGAGAUUUAAUGUUUUCAAGAAGAUUAAUAAGGAUCGCAUACUCUCUUAAGAUUUUCAGCUCAUCUAAUCUCAAAAGAAAAAAAGGCAAACUGCAAAUUGUUUUUGAUUUACUCUAUCAAUAACUUUUAAGAAAUCUAAGUUGAAAUGAUUAUGAAAGAAUAAUCAUCUCUUUUGAAAAUUGUUGUUGAGGGUAAUUCGACUAUUGCAUAUCAAUUAAUUUGCAAAUAUUAAGGCAUUUUGGUUCUGCAAACAGAAGUUUAAAACAUGACUAUCAAUUGUAAUUUUUUAUUUUUGUUUUUAAGUAAAGUAUUCUAAAAUAUCCUCAUUAUAAAGCAUUUAUUGAAUAAGUUAAUUGAGUAUAGAGCUUCAUUAUAAUACUUCUCUAUUUAUAGAAGCAUUUUAGUUGCCACUAAUUUCAAGAUAUCCGUAAAUGUGAAAUUAGAUAAAUAUCUUGAAUUUGAAGCUUUAUAAAAUUUAGUUGUAUUAUUCAAUAAAUUAUAAAAUUAACGACUUAUGAGUAAUGCUGCAGAAAAAAUAAGUGAUCUAUUCAAUGUUUCAUUAACAGAGCUUGAAACAAAUAUUGUUGCAAGUGCUGUCAAAUUCAACGCAUAACCUUAGCGUUUGCUCGAUGAAUUAUAAUAAUCAGUGAUGGAUUUCAAGUCUAAAUUCUAUGAAUCUCUACAUAACUUAUUACAGUUUAUUGCUUAAUUCAAUAAUGGCAAGGAUAUAUUAAAAAUAACUCAAUAAGUUGAAACUCACAUAACAAAAUUCAAAUAAUAACAACUUCUUAUUUAGAUGAAAGUAGUGCUAAAUAGCAAAUUAAAAGCUUUACUAGAAACAUUCUGCGGAGAAAAUUAGCAAAAAUUUGAAGUCUAAAAUUAAAUCAAGCAUCUCAAGGAUUCCUUGUUUAAGAUAGAAACAACUCUCAUGGAAUAGUAAUAGCUUACAUCGACUCCAUAAUAACAUUUCAUAACUCCAUAUCCAAAAAAGAAUUUCAUAACAGCAUCAUCUUAAGAUAUCUUGACACCAAAUUUGAGUGACGAGGCCGAAAUGAGAGGAAGAGGUUUCUUUAUAACCCCUGAAAAUAGAUAACAACAGCCAAGAUAAUUUGAUCACUCUUAAUAACAAUUUUCUUCAAAUGAAAGUUAUUCUGUUUAACAGAACAAAACAUUAAAUUCUUUCGAUAAAGAAAAAUCAGAAGAUAAAACUGAUCUACAAAGUCCAUUUUUUGGAUUACAAUAAGGGAAUACCUAAUAACCCAAGUUAUUUUAAAAUGAAACUAUGAAUGAUUAUUUGCAAAGAGUCCCUCUUGAUGAAGGUCCCCAAGAAUCCCAACUAUUGGAUGAAUCUACUCAAAAUUUUCAUUAAGAAUAAAUAACUAAAACUAUAUAAUAAUUACAAUAACAACAGUAACAAUAAUAAUAAUAAUAAUAAUAAUAAUAAUAAUAGCAAUAAUAAUAAUAACAACAAUCACAAUAGUAACAAUAAUAACUAUAACAAUAGUAAUAAUUAUAGCCAUAAUAAUCUAAUAAGAAUCAAUAAAAGGUACAGUCAUAACCACAAAAAUAAUAGACCUAAUGGUAAAAUUUGCAAUUACAGCAAACAUUUUAACAUUUAGAUUCGUUAUAAACAACGCGAACAGAAUAAUUGGAAACAUAAGCAAGAGUAUCGACUCCAAAAGAUAAUUAAGCCUAAACUCGAAAUUAAUCAGUUGAACCAAAUAUUAGAGAUAUUUCAUAGUCGCCUAAUGGAAAGAGACUAAUAUAAACUUCAAAAUCAAAGGAACCAUUUUCAAGAUGCCGAUCCUCACUGGAAACAACAAAUCUACUCCAAAAAUUAAACUCUGUUGAGGCUUCAAAGUCUAGCAAUAAGCUUAAUAAAUCAAAAUCCAAUAAAGAAAAUUAAUCUUAACCUGUAGUUAAGUGUUCAAAACCAAGUAAGCCUCAAAUUACUGUUUCAAAGCAAAAAAAUUAAAUCGCUACUAAACCCCAGUUAUAGAUCAACUUAGUUAAGAAAUAAAAGUCAAAUUGA